AUGGCCCAGGAUGGAACUACAUGGCUUCAAGAAAUUGUAUAUUCUAUCAUGAAGGGUAUUGAAAAGUCUGAAACUAGCAUUGAAGAUCGAUUUCCAUAUUUAGAGUUUAUAUACCCAGGUUUAUCAUCAAUUGAAAAAAUUACUGAACAGAGGUUUUUGAAAACUCACUUGCCAUAUUCCUUGUUACCAGAAAGUGUACAUCAGAAGAAGCCUCGGAUAAUUUACAUGAUGAGAAAUCCAAAAGAUGUGGCUGUUUCCUAUUAUCAUUUUGUUAGAAUGAUGACUAUGACAGAUUAUGUUGGUGAUUUUUCCAAUUUCUUUCAAGAUUUUUUGAAUGAUGAAGUGCCCUAUGGCCCAAUUUGGAAGCAUUAUGCUGAUGUUUGGGAACAUAAAGAUGAACCUAAUGUUUUGAUUUUGCAAUAUGAAGAUUUUCACAAAGACAUACAAGGAAACAUUAAGAAAAUUGGAUUGUUUUUGGGAAAACAUUUAACUGAUAAAGAAGUAGAAGAUAUUGCUUAUCAUUGUUCAUUCAGCAGUAUGUCAAAUAAUCCUAGUGUUAAUUAUCAACAUUGGGAUGAUUUAGGUAUAAGGAAAAAAGAUGAAGCAAAGUUUUUCCGCAAAGGUCAAGUAGGAGACUGGAGAAAUUAUUUCAACUCUGAAAUGGAUGACCUCAUGAACGUUUAUAUUGAAAACCAUUUCAAAAGUAAUGACAUCAAGUUCUGCUUUGACCUUAAUAUGUGAAGAAUAAAUUUUACUCAUCCUCACAUUACUUGGGAAGGAUGUAUUAUAGGUCUCCAACCAGUUGCAUUUGGGCCAAACUUGUAUACAAGACGACGUCCAAAGACUGGAAGAAGAACCUGACUUUUGUAGUAAUAGCUGCAAGAAAAUAA